GGCCUUGGGCAUGGGUGUGUGAUUAGGCAUUCAGCACUCUGUUGACAGCAUCUGGAGUUUGGGAAAGGAUGGGGUCUCCCAGCGGGUCUGGUAGGGGCAGGGUAUGUGGGUGUGGUUUGCUCAUGUGUGUUUGUGUGUGUCUCUGUGGUCUGCACGUGUGUAUAUGUGUGUGUGUGUGUGUGUGCCUUGCUCUGGGUCAUAAGUUCCCCCCAUAUCCUGGGAGAGCCUGCAGGUCAGCUGGGAGCUGGGUUGUUUUUGUUUGUGGUUUGGGGGGAGGGUGCGGGUGCCAAGCCUGAGAAACUACCCGCUGAGUAGUCCCCGGAAGCACCUGUGUGUUCUCUUCCCCUGGCCUAGUGUGAAGGGUUAGCAAGGGGGAGAGUUUCUCUUGCUUCUCUCUUGCCUGUGGGGAGAGGCUAUGCCCGGGACGAAUUUUAUCCAGCUGUCUGUGCCCAGACCCCAGAGUACCCCUGCCCCACCAUGACUGGGCCACUGAAGAGGAAGUUUGACCAGCUGGAUGAGGACUCCUCCUCACUGUGCUCAUCUUCCUCCUCGUUGUCCUCCUCUGGCCGUCGUUCUCGCUCCUGCUCUCCAAGCUCUUCAGUCUCCCCAGACUCAGAUGAGGAGGGCCCCUGGGAUCAGUUGCCCUUGCCUGACCGGGACUUCUGUGGCACCCGGAGUUUCACCCCCCUGUCCAUCCUGAAGCGGGCUCCCAGGAAGCGGCCAGGCCGAGUCGCCUUUGAUGGCAUCACCGUCUUCUACUUUCCGAGGUGUCAGGGUUUCACCAGCGUGCCCAGCCGUGGCGGCUGCACUUUGGGUAUGGCCCCUCGCCACAGUGCCUGCCGCCGCUUCUCCCUGGCUGAGUUCACCCAGGAGCAAGCCCGGGCACGGCGUGAGAAGCUGCGCCUACGCUUGAAGGAGGAGAAGCUGGAGGCGCUGCGGUGGAAGACCCCUGUCUGUCUCUCACAGGCCUCCUCUCUCCCAUGGGUUCAGCUUGCAGAGACCGGGCUACCUGAGACGGAGGCCACCCCACCGCUCACAGUGGACGCCAUUGAUGAUGCCUCUGUGGAAGAGGACUUGGCUGUGGCCGUGGCCGGUGGCCGGCUAGAGGAGAUGACCCUCCUACAGCCCUACCCGGCUCGGCGACGGCGGGCUCUGCUGCGGGCUGCCGGCGUGCGGAGGAUCGAUCGUGAGGAGAAACGGGAGCUGCAGGCUUUGCGCCAGUCCCGGGAGGACUGUGGCUGUCGCUGUGAUCGGGUCUGUGACCCCGAGACCUGCAGCUGCAGUCUGGCAGGCAUCAAGUGCCAGAUGGACCACACCACGUUCCCCUGCGGCUGCUGCAGGGAGGGCUGCGAGAACCCCAAGGGCCGCGUGGAAUUUAAUCAGGCCCGCGUGCAGACCCAUUUCCUCCACACGCUCACCCGCCUGCAGCUGGAGCAGGGGGCUGAGAGCCUGGGGGAGCUGGAGGCUCCUGGCCAGGGCGGCCCCACCAGCCCUGGUGAUCAGGUCCUGGCCCCCACUUUCCCGCUGGCCAAGCCCCCCAUGAGCAGUGAGCUGGGAGACAACAGCUGUAGCAGCGACAUGACCGACUCCUCCACAGCUUCGGGCACGAGCGACGCCCCGAGCAGCACCGCCCACCCAGCCCUGCCUGGCCCUGGCUUCCAGCCCGACAUGGAUGAUGACAGCCUGGCCCGGGUCCUGAGUCUCAGUGACUCCGACCUGGGAGGGGAGGAGGAGGAGGAGGAGGACGGGGGGGUAGGGAACCUCGACAACCUCAGCUGCUUCCACCCAGCUGACAUCUUUGGUACUGGUGACCCUGGUGGCCUGGCCAGUUGGACCCACAGCUAUUCCAGCUCCAGCCUCACGUCAGGCAUUCUGGAUGAGAACGCCAACCUGGAUGCCAGCUUCUUCCUAAACAGUGGCCUUGAAGGGUUGGGAGAAGGCAGCCUCCCUGGCACCUCGGUGCUGCCCAGCUCAGAUGCUGGCCAGAGCAAUUCAGUGGACCUCAGCUUGUCUUCCUGCGACUCCUUCGAGCUGCUCCAGGCCCUGCCAGACUACAGUCUGGGGCCUCACUACACCUCCCAGAAGGUGUCUGACAGCCUGGACAACCUCGAGGCCCCCUGCUUCCCCCUGCCUGCCUUUUCUCCACCGGGCGAUGCUGGCGCUUGCUUCUUGGAGUCCAUCGUGGGCCUGCCGGACUCAGCUGCUGAGGCCCUGGCUCCCUUCAUAGACAGCCAGUUGUUCGAGGACGCUGCCCCAGCGCCUCUGGUGGAGCCAGUGCCUGUGUGAGGACUAGGGUAACUUUUUGUGGCCGCAAGAGCCCCGUUGCUGCUUUGUUGUAAUUUGGGGGCUCCCUGAGGUCUGUCAAGGGUUUCCCAUUGGCUGGCUCAUCCAUGCGGGCACUCCUGAUUUUUGUGCAACACUCUGGAUCGAUUAUUUAUUUUUGUAAUUUUCUGUGCUGAGGAGAGGGUGGGGAGGGGGCUUUCCCUUUCAGCCAUCUGGCACCCCCACCCCACCCCCCCAAAGCCCACACAGUCUCUCCUUCCAUUUCCACGGUGUGUGCCAGGAACAGGAGGAAAUAUGGCUCCCCUGGAGCUUUGCAGACCCCUUUUUGGUCUUGUAUGAUGUUCCUUAGCCCAAACAAGACAGGGCUGAAAUCAGCCACUUCUAAUGGCUUCUCCUGCCACCCUGAGCCCCAGACCCAUGGGUGGCUGUAUUUUCUGGACUGUGAAGACUAUAAUUUAUUUCCAUAAUUUAUUUGGAGACUAGGAGGCAUAGGCUCCUCCCCUCUGGCUGGUGGGCAGUGCUGGGGUUGGGGCACAGACCCCUGUGAGUCCCUUCGGUCUUGGAGUCCUGCAACCCUGCCACGCCUGGGCUUUGGUACAAACCAGGUGUGGACUGGGGCCCUAUGGUCUGCCGUGGCAGCUGCCUGGCUCCGGGCGGGGGGCUGGGGACAGCAUCUAGGUGUGGGGGCUGGGCUGACCAACCGUGACCAAAACCUACUUCUGCCCCACACAAUCCCCUCUGCUUCCUGUCCUCUGCCUCCUCACCUUCCUUCCCAAAGGCCACAGCCUUUAUUCUGGGCCCACUAAUGUAGAAGGGAAGCAGGAAGCCCACAGAGGGCAAGGGGCUAGCCUCGGGGCCCACAGCAUGCCCCUGACUACUAUCUCAGGGCUUUCUGGGCACUGCAUGCCAGCCUGGGCCACUUGCCCAUGCCCUAAGGCCAGUUGGCUGGGGUGAGGGGUGGCCCCUCGUGGCUUUUAUGCCUGUUUGCUGAUGUUGAAUUUUGCAUCCUAAUUUCUGUAUCGUCCUUGAGUGUUAGAACUAUAAUUUAUUCAUUUUUCUCUAUGUCUGUGCCAAGAACCCCAGACUCUGGGCCUGCCCUCUUGCCCAGGAGGCCUUGCCAGCCUGCGCGCUUGUGGGAACACCUUGUACCUGAGCUUACAGGUACCAAUAAAGAGGCUCUAUUUUUAA